AACAUUGUGAAGAAGAUUCAUCGCAGAAGCAGUAUCAAAUCAUGGCAGACGCGGCAACAGCAGUUAUGGCUCUGGCGUAUUUGUUCCAGUGGCCUCCCCAAGCAAUAGUGCAGGAUGGUGACACCUUUGAUUUCGUCGUUGUCGGAUCGGGAUGUGGAGCUAUUGUGGCUGAUAGAUUGUCGGAAAACAGUUCAGUGCGAGUUCUUUUGAUUGAAGCAGGAACAUACCCGUCGAACGAAUCUAUUAUGCCUGGAACUUUUCCUUUACUCCAAAAUUCAUACGAGGACUGGAACGAGACAUCGAUCCCGGAGAGCACAACGAAACACCAAAAGAUCGGCGCGUACAAGCUGUCGACGGGAAAAGCCUUGGGCGGAGGCAGCACUAUCAAUCACCUACUCCAUCUCCGAGGAGACAAGGACGACUUCGAUACUUGGGCGUCCUACCUUGGAGACGACUCUUGGUCAUCCGCAAACGUCCGUAAGUACUUCAAGAAAUCGGAGAACAUGCUAGACGCAGAUAUAAUGGCCAGUCACGCCGACUACCACGGGACUGAAGGUCCAGUGAUGGUAUCAAGGCAGCCCGACGACGCCACGCACAACUUAUUGAAGGCUUUUAGCGAUAUCGGAGUGCCAACGGUGAUUGACUUGAACGCGGAUGACAACGUUGGAUGUGCAGAGGCUUCAUACAUCAUAGGUGACGGUGUGCGACAGAGCACUGCUUACGCGUACCUAAAUAAAAAAACUAGAGAUAAUCUGUACGUGCUUACCGAAACAUUAGCAGAAAAAAUCAUCAUCGAAAACGACAUAGCUAAAGGUGUUAUCUUGCGGCUAGCAAGCGGCAAGAAAAUCAAUGUUUACGCUAGCAAAGAAGUUAUUAUAUCGGCCGGAUCAUUCAACAGUCCAAAAAUACUAAUGCUCUCUGGGAUCGGGCCAGCUGAUCACCUGAAAAGCAUGGGCAUUGACGUCAUCAAAGAUCUACCUGUGGGCCAGGGAAUGCAGGACCACAAUGCACUUUUCCUAGUCAACAAAUUGGAAGAAUCAACGGCGACUUCGGAAACAUUACCAUUAACAAAAUUUCCGUUCCCUAUUCUAUUGGCUAGCGUCAACCUAGAUGAUUCUAAAAGCUACGCCGACUAUCUGCUUAUUGGACUUGUAUUCGCCCAGGACAAAGGCUACACCGAUGUUACUUGUUCGACUCUCUUUAGCUUCACCGACGAAAUAUGCUCGAACUUUAGCGAAAGCGUCGCCGGUAGGAACCAAUUCAUUUCAUUAAUAGGCACAUCCCAACCAAAAUCCAGGGGCUACGUGCAGCUAAAAAGUUCAGAUCCAGAUGACAAACUAGUUAUAUCAGAAUCAUUUUAUUCUGAUCCCGAAGAUUUUACUAACAUGCUGAAGUAUCUAACUCAUUUUUUAACUAUUUACAAUUCCGCUUAUUUCCAAGAUAUCAAAGCGGAAAUAGCUGAUCCCGGCUUGGAAGAAUGCGGUGAGAUGGACGUCAGUAGUGAGGAUUAUUGGAAGUGUUACAUCAAGUCCAUGACCGUCCACCUAUUCCAUUACUCCGGUACAUGUGCCAUGGGCAGUGUGGUGGACAGUAAAAUGAAAGUGUACGGUAUAGAUAACCUCCGGGUUGUCGAUGUGAGCACCAUGCCUUUUAUCGUCAGAGCCAAUACCUUGGCGGCUGGCAUAAUGAUGGCGGAAAAGAUAAGUGACGACAUUAAAAAUGAAUAUUCCCUUUGAGAGAAAUGUCUUGGCGCCUUCAAAAUAAAUAAAAUUCUAUAGAAAAAUUUGCCUUUUUUUUCUCUGAAUUUCACAUAAUAUAUCGCUCCCAUUAUUCUUUAAAUUCUAACCGUUGUAAUAAUAUCUAUUUAUUUAUACUUUAAAGAUUGCUAGCAAUUAUAAAUCGGCGGGGGAAAAAGUUUCUUCGCAUUUUUAAGAAAAUUCACAUUUUUUAAUAUAGUUUAUUUACAUAAAUUUAACUAAAGUAUGUAGGUACCAUUUUAUUCCAUAACUUUUUGCUAUCUUGUAGGUAGGGACAUGAUCCCAUUGCUAUAGAAAUUUUGGGGGUUCUGAUCAAAAUACCGCGACAAUUGGUUUUGGCAGUCCUCUCGUGAUGUUAACCUGACACUGCUUAAAGAAUUCUGAAGAGACCGAAACAGGUGCAAAUCUGAAGGUGCAAGGUCAGGACCAUACGGCUAUAAUUUUUGCUGACUGACUAAUGACGAUAUAUACCUAGUCUUGCCAUAAAUACUGAGACAAA